GUUUGGGAUGAGUUGAAAGAAAGUUAGUUGGAGGCCAAGCAUGGAGGGUAUUAAGCCCCAAGCAAGAAAUUCUAAUUUAAUUGGGUUGAGUUAUGGGGGGAGGGGAAUCAUUGACAGGUCUCUGAGAGGGAAAUGACAUAUUCACAGCUGUAAAAAAAUCAUCUGCUUAUGUAUGCCAAGGUACUAAAAAGUUACAAGGGGAUAAAAGUAUCAAGAGAAUAAGGAUCCCAAAUCCAUUUGUCAUGUUACACAAAGCAUCUCUCAGUUAUACAAAAUAACUGUUCAAUAAAUAUUUGUUGAAUGAGUGAAUAAAUAAAUAGAAGCAAAUUGAGACAGAAAAUGCCUUUUAUUAACUUAGACAACCUUCCAUAUGAGAGUCAUUUGCACUGAGCUCAGAUUUCUAUACACAGUUUAUUUCUGUAAGUAGUUUAUUUCUAUACAAAUUACAUCAUUAAUGAUGAUGAUGAUAGAAGAAAAGAAGGAUGAAGUAGAAAGGGAUUUUUUAAUUAAAUAUCAAUUGAUUAUGUGCUCAGCAAGGCAUUAAACUGCUUGAUACACAUUCACUCAUUUUCCCAAGCCAACCAGAGAAGACUUAAACCAGGAGAUUAAAUACCAAGUUUGAGUAACACUAACAAAAUGUAUAGGGUUUUGACUGGCUGUCAUGGCCAGUACUCUCACUGUCAAUGCCCUGCCCCUUGGGCUGCCUGAGCUCUGGCUCCAGAAAGACAGUGUCCCUGGUUCAGCAGUUUCUGGGUUCUGGAGCCUGUGUCCCUCACCUCUUCCCCCCCCCCCCCCACCCCACAGGACUCCUCUGGCACCUGGGAGCAUGCUUGCAAACAGAUGCAACCUGUAAGUAUGGCACAGUUACCCCUUUACCAGGAGAGGAUGAGUCCUUGGAAAUAUACCCCAGUCUCCAGGUCCUCCAGGUGUGGGGAUUCUGAGGUGUGUUUUACACAAUUCUCAACAGAUUCCAGAGCUCUCGUAACAAGGAAGAAGCAUUAUUUCAUGUUUUCUUUAAAAGCAUUGAUAUUUAUAUUCAAGAAUCAGGAAACUGGGGGUAAUAUUACAUAUCAGGAUAAAAGAGGUUCUUGUUUCAUGUUAGGAACUUUAUUACUGUGGGAAAAAAUAAUCUCCUAUUGACUUAGUUUGGAUCCCCCAAGAGCAGACCUUGAGACAAGUGCUUAGAAGUCAAAUUAUUGAGGGAAAAGGGGUGUUUCAGAAUUUGGGGUUAGUGGGAGGCAGGAAGAGAUUGCAAAUAUUUUCUUCAUGCACCACUAAUUGCUUUCCAUGUUACAUGCUUUACUUUAGUGAUUUAAAGUAUAUAUUAAAUAAAAAGUUUUAAAAACUACAUGCCAAAUAUGUCUAUGAAUGUUCCACAAACUUCAAAGACUCAUCUCUAGAACCCAGACAUAUUGUUCAAAAACAUUCUCCUCCUCCUCCCUAUUCCAACUCCUUCUUUCUUGUUGCUUUAUUUUUCUUUUUUUGCUACUACUACAUUCCACCUUAAAAACGUCGUUUUACUUCCUCAUAUGACCUGUAGCUGACAAUUUAUGUCAACUUUUUCCCCAAUGUACCCUAUCAGUUAUUUCAUUUUCCCUUCCCUACACUCCACCCAGACUUAGGUUCUAGGACUGCCCUUUAUGCCUACAUCAUUUGUUAGCAACCAACUGUCCCUUCUCUUUCCCAGCUACAUGACAUUCACAUUUGACUCUGUUCUCUGGUUCACUGAGGCCUAUCAUGUUUCUCCUCAGAAAUUAUAAGCUUAUUGGGAAUAGGACCCAUAUUUUGUAGUACAUUUUUGAAUCUGCCAAAGGACACAUUGUUUUGUAUAUAAUAAUGCAUGAUCAUAGAAUUAUCCAGAUUUCUCUCAAUUUAUGACAUUAAUGAUGUAAAAAGUACAAAUCACGAAGAGCCAUUCAAAAAAUAAUUAUUGUACACCUGGUGUUGGCCAGGCAGCAUAUCAGGUGCUAGAGAUAGAGUGGUGAACAACAGUAAAAACGAAACAUGUGUGUUCUGCUCUCUAGCAAGAAAAACUUGUAAAGACACCUGUGAUUAUAAAUUAAAGAGCUCUAAAAAGAAUGAACAGGAUGGUUUGUAAUAUGAUGACCUAUUUUAAGUGGAUGGACAAGAAAAUCAUCUGUGAGGAGGAGACCUUUCGGCUAAGACUGAAGAAAGAGGAAUCUGUGAAAAGUCAGAGGUUGUGUAUCUGGUCAGAGGUAAUAAGAUGGGCAAAGGCCCCAGGGUGAAAAAACUUUGAUGCACUUAAAGAAAUUAAGGAUGGGUAAUGUGGAUGAAAAAAGUGCUCCUGGGGGAAGUGGCCAUUGGUGAGCAGGCAAUGUAGACAGAGGCCAGAUCACAGGGUCCUUGUAGGCCAUGCUAAGUGUGGUUUGUACUAGAAGAGCAUGGGAAACUCUUUAAAGAGUCUAAGCAAGGAAGUGGAAUGCAUGAUUUGAUUUAGAAUUUAAAAAUUCACCUUAGCUUCAAUGUAGAAAAUUUAUGAUGUAGGUGAGAGGCAAAUAGUGAGAAUAGGUCUCAGAUCCCUAAGAGAUCAGAUCAGAUGACUUUACUUGGAAGAGGAUAGGAGCAAGGCAGGAGAAGCUCAUCAAACAGAUGAGCUGGGGAUAUAGUGUGAAAAUGGAUUAAUAGGACUUAAUUACUGAUGGAUUCAAGGUAGGGAAUAGAGAGAGAGAGGACUCAAGAAUUACUUUCCAGUUUCUGAUCUGAAUAACCAGGCAGAUGGUGUGCUGUUCUGGGGAAAGGAAGAUUGAGUGGAAGAAUAAUUGAGCUGUGGGUUGGAAUUCAGUGUUAAGUUUGUUACGUGCACAGUGCUCAUUUAGACAUCCAAAUAGAGACAUCAGGUAGCAGUGAAACAUAUGAGUCUGGAGUUGAGAAGAGAGAUCCAGUCUGAAGACCUGAACUGUGACUUAUGGAGUAUUUAGUGGGAUUAUUUAGCUAGUAUUUAAAGAUUCAGGAAAUGAGUUAAAGAAGGAGGAGGAGAAAGAGAAGGAAAGAAAAAGAAUGGAGCUCCCACCCCCACUCCCCGGGGGCUUUCCUAUACUUAGGGAGGAGGGGAAGAAACCAGCAAAGGAAACUCAUAGUGGCCAGAUAAAAAAGGGGAAAGAGUUCAAAAAGGUUAGUAUCAUGAGAAGAGAGACUUUCAAGAAGGAGAAAUGCUCACUCUUGAUAAUAGCUGAGAAACUGGGCGAGCCCAUGUGAGAAUUGUUUCUACUGGGCAGGACUUCUUACCAAGGAUAGAAAUCACUUGAAGUAUGUUUUUUAUUUGAGAGUUUUAUCCAGCUCCUAGCACACUAUGGGCACUUGAAGCAUAUUAAUCAAGUGACAUUAAUUGAAUGACCGAGUAUUUGAGUUCAGUUCAGGGUAAGGGAUAGGCCUAAGUAGUUUUACAAAGUCCCUCUCUUCCUGCAUGAACAUGCUCACCCACCUGCUACCUGACUGUCACUCUUACCUGCAAAAGUAUCUAUUGGAGAGAGAGCAGUAUCUUCAGGCUCUGUCAUAGCAACAUUAAAUACCAUUUAUUCCUCCAUACUUGGGAAAAGUGAACUGUUCAAUAAGCCUUGGAUGAAUAAAAAUUGGGGCUAACAUAGUGCAUGAGGUCAUAAAGGAUGACUUUCUGAAAUUGUAAUGAAAAUCAGAACCAUGACUAUAACCAUCAUCAUAGAAAUGAGGUCCUGUCCCAUCAAGACUCCUUCAUCUUAGCUCCACAUUGGUAUUUACCAGUACUAUUACCAAGUUCUUCUAGGUUCAGUUCUCAGAACUCUCUUAAGUCUAUUUCUUCCUUUAUCCCUCCUGUUCCUUCCUAGUUCAGGGAGUGCUUAGUCUAAUGCAGCCCUCCUUGUCCUGUAAGUGCCCCUAAAGCAUUCUGAAUUUUCUCUAGUUAGUAAACAUCUGUCUAUCUACCACUUGGCUGAAAAUUUUCCUAAAAGCUUGCCCUGCCUUGUUCACCUUGGCAUUCUGUGGGCCUACCAAGUGCCCAUUCAAUGAAUAUGUUGAAAAAAGGAACAAGUAUUUUAAUUAUGUAUCUGCCUUUACAACUUCAGAUGUGCUAUUUCAGUUGUUUUAAUGUGCACAGACACUAUGUGAUGAGCACGUUUUCUUAUGUUUUUUUACCAUAGAGUAAUAAUAUAUUAACUUGGACCUGCAUUGCCUACAAAUACCAUCCUAAUCAUUUAUGGCUGUGGCUGGUUGCUCUAGAAAGAAACCUGAAGCACACCAUGGAUUAAUUAGGAUGAGAAUCAAGCCCAGUUCAGGUGUGUUGUGCUGUGGGUCCUCAGCGCUUUUUCAUAGGCUCAUUGUGGUGUGUGUCUCUUGACCUCAACUGGGUCUGAGCCCUGAUGGCAGGUGCAUCCGGUGGCAACUGGGUGGAUGUGUGGAAAUGGGGAGCGUCAAGAGUCCCAACAGAGGAAUCUUUUGAAACGAGGCAAGUCACAGCGCUUCCUUAAUCCAGCCCUUGGACUUAGCAAUAGCCUUAAAACACCCGCCCCUCUUGUUCAGCCCUAGCCACUGCUCUUCAAGCAAUAGGCUGGGACUUAAGAGGAAGUGCGGGGAGGAAGGAAGUGGGCAUAGAGGGGUGCAGGGCUCUGAGUCUCAAAGUGAAUACCAAAACGUCUUUGUCACCAAAAUAUUUCUCAGGUGCCUUCAGGGAGUGCCUUUUGUUUGUUUUUAAUUUGUGUCUCCCUGAUUGAUUUUUCUAGUGGUUCCUUAUGGCCCCCAAAUCAAAUAUAGCGCUUAACCAACGAAAGAUCAGGAUGAAUCCCCACCGCAGUCCAUCCCGGUGCCCGAGUUUGCAACUGGCCAGGCCAGGCGGGGCAGGUCGAGGAGCCUCAUAGUGGGGCUCUCGAGGCUGAUUGGAACCUCGUCGCUACGCAUCUAGGCCCCAACCACAGUUAAAAGGCGAAGCCCGGGGCCCCUUCUCGCCCUACUCUUGCAAAGUCCCAGGAGCCAGGCGUCAUCCCGCGCUCAGCUUGGACUAGGUGGCCCCAGUCUGGCGCGCGUCCUGCGCAGCUAAGGUCCCCCAGCGCCCCCUACAGCCGCGCGAUGGGGGAAACGGCGCUAGGUACUGCGCCUCUGCACCACGCCCGGGACCCCACCCAGCGGCCCGCGCCCCAGACCUCGGGAGUACCUCACCUCCUCGGCUCCAGAAACAGGGCGUGGGGCCCGGCAAGCGCGCAGCAUCCCGGGCCACCUCUGAUCGCUCCGCCCGCUGCGGCCCGACUUCCCCUCCCUCCUUCUGUCCCUCCCUCCCUUCUUCCCUCCCGCCUGCCCGCCGGCGCCGGACACGCUGAGCCUCUUCUCUUGGGGCGCUCUUCCCCUUGGCUGACCGUCGCAUCCCGCGCAACUUUGAGAUAGACCAUGGUCGUUUGGUGUUGAAUGUUCCUUUCCGCAAGCGCAUGGCUGUACAAUCGAGGCGCGGGCCUGGCCCCCGAAGGGCAGCCGUCUCGAAAGCAGUGAUGCUACUGUUGUUCUUGGGAGUCCCGACUGGGCGCGCCUACAACGUGGAUACCGAGAGCCCGCUGCUCUACAAGGGCCCCUCCAAAACCUUGUUCGGCUACUCGGUGGUGCUGCACAGCCACGGGGCAAACCGAUGGCUGGUAGUCGGGGCGCCCACCGCCAGCUGGCAAGCUAAUACUUCGGUGGUCAACCCUGGGGCGAUUUAUAGAUGCAGAAUCGGAAAGAAUCCGGAGCGGAACUGCGAACAGCUUCAGCUGGGUAGCCUUAAAGGAGAACCUUGUGGAAAGACCUGUUUGGAAGAAAGAGACAAUCAGUGGCUGGGGGUCACACUUUCCAGGCAGCCUGGAGAAAACGGAUCCAUUGUGGUAGGUUAUUGGCCUGGGUCCACUGAGAACAUGAUGGAAUCAGAUACUCUGGGUGUGACUUUCACAUCAUUUGGUCUACUUUUGUGUUUUAUUCAGACUUGUGGGCAUAGAUGGAAAAAUAUAUUUUACAUAAAGAAUGAAAAUAAGCUCCCUACGGGUGUUUGCUAUGGAAUGCCCUCUGAUUUACGAACAGAACUGAGUAAAAGAAUAGCUCCAUGCUAUCAAGAUUAUGUAAAAAAAUUUGGAGAAAAUUUUGCAUCCUGUCAAGCUGGAAUAUCUAGUUUUUACACAGAGGAUUUAAUUGUGAUGGGAGCCCCGGGAUCAUCUUAUUGGACUGGCUCUCUUUUUGUCUACAAUAUAACUACAAAUAAAUACAAGGCUUUUUUAGACAGAUACAACCAAGUGAAGUUUGGAAGUUAUUUAGGAUACUCGGUUGGAGCAGGUCAUUUUCGGAGUAUGUACACUACUGAAGUAGUUGGAGGAGCCCCUCAACAUGAACAGAUUGGUAAAGCAUACAUUUUCAGCAUUGAUGCAAAAGAACUAAAUAUCUUACAUGAAAUGAAAGGUAAAAAGCUUGGGUCUUAUUUUGGAGCUUCUGUCUGUGCCGUGGACCUCAAUGCAGAUGGCUUUUCAGACCUACUGGUGGGCGCCCCCAUGCAGAGCACCAUCAGAGAGGAAGGAAGAGUGUUUGUGUACAUCAACUCUGGCCUGGGAGCAGUAAUGAAUGAAAUGGAAACAGAGCUUGUCGGAAGUGACAAAUAUGCUGCAAGAUUUGGGGAAUCUAUAGUCAAUCUUGGUGACAUUGAUAAUGAUGGCUUUGAAGAUGUUGCUAUUGGAGCUCCACAGGAAGAUGAUUUGCGAGGUGCUAUUUAUAUUUACAAUGGUCGAGCAGAUGGGAUCUCAUCAGCGUUCUCACAGAGAAUUGAGGGACUUCAAAUCAGCAAAUCAUUAAGUAUGUUUGGGCAGUCUAUAUCUGGACAAAUUGAUGCAGAUAAUAAUGGAUAUGUUGAUGUAGCAGUUGGUGCUUUUCGGUCUGAUUCUGCUGUGUUGCUAAGGACAAGACCUGUAGUGAUUGUUGAAGCUUCUUUAAACCAUCCUGAGUCAGUAAAUAGAACACAUUUUGACUGUGUUGAAAAUGGAUUGCCUUCUGUGUGCAUGAAGCUAACACUCUGUUUCUCAUAUAAGGGCAAAGAGGUUCCAGGUUACAUUGUUUUGUUUUAUAACAUGAGCCUGGAUGUGAACAGAAAGGCAGAGUCUCCAUCGAGAUUUUACUUUUCUUCCAAUGGAACUUCUGAUGUAAUUACAGGAAGCAUGAAAGUAUCAAGCACACAAGCUACCUGUAGAACACAUCAAGCAUUUAUGCGGAAAGAUGUACGGGACAUCCUCACCCCAAUUCAGAUCGAAGCCGCUUACCACCUCGGGCACCACAUCGUCAUCAGUAAACGAAGUACAGAGGAAUUCCCACCACUUCAGCCAAUUCUUCAGCAGAAGAAAGAAAAAGAUAGGAUUGAAAAAACAAUAAACUUUGCAAGAUUUUGUGCCCAUGAAAAUUGUUCUGCUGAUUUACAGGUCUCUGCAAAAAUUGGAUUUGUGAAACCACAUGAAAAUAAAACCUAUCUUGCUGUUGGGAGUAUGAAGACAUUAAUGUUGAACGUGUCCUUGUUUAAUGCUGGCGAUGAUGCAUAUGAAACAACUCUGCAUGUCAAAUUACCCUUCGGUCUUUACUUCAUUAAGAUAUUAGAUCUGGAAGAGAAACAAAUAAACUGUGACGUGACAGACAGCUCUGGCAUAGUAAAACUUGACUGCAGGGUUGGUUAUAUAUAUGUAGAUCAUCUAUCAAGGGUAGAUGUUAGCUUUCUCCUGGAUGCCAGCUCACUCAGCACAGUAGAGGAGGACCUCAACAUCACAGUGCAUGCUGCCUGCGAAAAUGAAGGGGAAAAAGGUGGGCUGAAGCAUAACCACGUGACUUUAACCGUGCCUCUCAAGUAUGAAGUCAUGCUGACCGUUCAUGGGUUUGUAAACCCAACUUCGUUUGUGUAUGGAUCAAAGGAGGAAAAUGAGCCCGAAACAUGCAUGGCAGAAAAACUGAACUUCACUUUCCACGUUAUCAACACUGGCCAAAGCAUGGCUCCAAACGUUAGUGUGGAAAUAAUGAUACCAAAUUCUUUUAUCCCUCAAACUGAUAAGCUGUUCAACAUUUUGGAUGUCCAGACUACUACUGGAGAAUGCCAUUUUAAGAAUUAUCAGACGAAGUGUGCAUCAGAGCAGCAAAAAGGCGCAAUGGAGACCCUUAAAGAUGUAGUCAACUUUUUGUCAAAGACUGAUAAGAGGCUGCUCUACUGCAUAAAAGCUGAUCCACAUUGUUUAAAUUUCUCAUGCAAUUUCGGGAAAAUGGAAAGUGGAAAAGAAGCCAGUGUUCACAUUCAGUUGGAAGGCCGACCAUCCAUUUUAGAAAUGGAUGAGACGAGAGCACUGAAGUUUGAAAUAAGAGCAACAGCUUUUCCAGAGCCAAAUCCAAAAGUUAUUGAACUUAACAAGGAUGAGAAUGUUGCACAUGUUCUACUUGAAGGACUACAUCAUCAAAGACCCAAACGCAGUUUCACUAUAGCGAUUAUUUUAAGUAGCUUGCUACUUGGACUUAUUUUACUUUUAUUGAUUUCAUACGUUAUGUGGAAGGCUGGCUUCUUCAAAAGACAGUACAAAUCUAUCCUACAAGAAGAAAACAGAAGAGACAGUUGGAGUUAUAUUAACAGUAAGAGUGAUAAAGAUGACUGAAGACUUCUUUCAAAUUGAGAGAAUUAAUAACAGACUCAGGUUAUACUAAAAUUUUAGAUAUUGUUUACAAGCAACCAUGAAUUUUUCUCAGACGUCUAUGUACAUUUUUUACUCAUAACUUUGUGAUAUACUAUGUCUUAAUGCAAAUGAAAAAUCCAAGCAAUGAUUAGUCUUUAAGAGAAAAUAACUGCAAAGGUAAUAUUUUAAUAUAUCCAAAGAUGAUCUUUCAGCUCUGAAAUGGGUAGGAAAAAAAACACUAAAGCAUUCAGUUUAUUCAAGAUAAGUAAUCCCUUGAAGGUAUCUUGAAAUGAAAGAGCAUCUGAAUUAAAAUUAUGUUGAGGAAACAAACAACUCAACUGGAGAUGACUUGAAGUAUCAGUUCUUUAAAAGAAGCAUUAUUUACCUUAUGUGCUUGCUACAGUAAAAUAAAUUCCACUGAAUAGGUAAUGACUCAUUUCUAAUAGAUCUUUGAGAUUUGUUUGGAAUAUGUUCUCUAGAAAUAACAGUUUUUUCAAAGAGCUGUUUCCAAAUUUUCUAGUAACUAGAAGAGAGCUAUCAUCAUUUUAAAGCAGAUUUUAUCUUUAAAGGUGUUGAUUUGUAAUAUAUUUCCUAGGGGCCUUGAUAAACAUCAACCAUUUAUUCAGCAGUCUAUAAAUAUUACUGGACCUGAUUAGCAAACUUCAGACUAUUUAUACACUGGUUUGAGCUUAAUGGGGUGACUUAUAGAUAAUUACUGUUUAUAUAGCCAUGAUUUUUCUUUCUGUAUAUAAAUAUACAUAUGUUUUUCCAAAAAAACUGUUUAUAUAGGUAUAAAUCCACUAGUCCUUCUAGAACACCAUUUUUUCAAGGGAAGGUUACUGAAGAGUAAAUGUUAAAAAUCCAUCUUUAGUCACAUUUUUUGUUUAUAAAAACAACAGUCCUUAAGAAUUCUAAUUUAUAUUCUAACACAGAUUGAAUGUUGCACUUCAGCUGAUAUUUGAAAGAUAAAUACACUGAUAUAUAUAAAAUGUGAAAACUGUACCUUACUAAAGAUUUUUAACAAUCCGAGCCCUGCAGAGACGAUAUUGUGAGCCAAUAUUUCACACAAAUUAGAAACUGUUUAAAAUGCCGACUGUCAAAUUAAGCAAAUAGACAAAUUCUUAUUUGGAUGUUCCUCUUUUCUCCUCAAAUAUAAGUAUAAAACAUGUUUUCACCAGGAUUAUAAGAACAUUCUCUUCUGAAUGGAAAUAGAGAAACAAAAUUCACAAAUUUAACUGUAAACUGAAAAAUAGAGAUUUAGCUUGUAUCUAAUGAAAAUAUGACAUCAAAAUGUCCAUUUUUUUUAGUGAUAAGUGAGAUAUUAAGUUUUUUGUUGAUGUUAGUUUUUUUUAUAAUGAAGUAGUUUCUUUCUGGAUCUAAAAUAAUUUAUCUUUAAAUGCCUUCUCACUUGCAAAUACAGUCAAAUUUUGUAAUAUCUAUUCAUGCAUAUGAACUAAAGGCUGAUCAUUAUGGAAUAUAAUUUCAUCUGAUUUGCCCCUAUAUCUGUCUUUAUAUGAUGGUUGCAGCCAAAUUUUCAAAAUCCAUUAUGGGAAGUGACCAAAUAGAAAAGUUAGAGGGAAGUCUUUACUACUAUGGAGAAGGAUUUCUUUAUACAAGGUCCCUGCCAACAGUUGUCUUCCUCAGACUGCUUAAUUCCUAUAACCUAUCCAUUCCCAAUGUGGUGGCUGGAGAAUGAGAAAUGCACAGAAAUUUAUGAAGGUGUUUGAGCAGCAAAAUGCAAUUACAAUGAGCAUGAAUAGUCCUUAACUUGGUGUGUACCAGUAGAAAUUAAAUUGUAAAGAACUCUUUUUUGAGAAAAAGAUAUUUUUGGGUGUUUUUACUAUGGGGAAAAAAACAAAAACAAAAAACAAA